AUGAACAAAGAUAGAAGGCGGUCGAGCAUUCAUGACAUCACUAGUGUGAGCAGCGGAGAAGUUUCAGUGCCACAAGGUCCAUUCACUGGUCAAACAAAUGCUUCUGCUGUGGGAUGUUCAUCUGCGAAAUCAAACAAACAACCUUCUCAAGUCCCAGCUACUGCUCCUGGAGUUGGGAUGUAUGGAGCACCAACUAUAGGCCAACCAAUAGGAGGACCCCUUGUUUCUGCAGUCAGCAUGCCAGUGAAUAUUCCACCACCGUCUCACAUGGCAUAUGGUGUCCGAGCUCCAAUUCCAGGAUCCAGCCCCCAGACUAACAUGGGUCCUAUGACUUAUCCAAUGCCGCACACAUCUGCGAAUAGGUGA